GUGAGAGGCGAUUGCACCUCAAUCACGGCUGCCUGUCCGCUUUAAACACAGCGCCGGUCUCAUUUACAUAUAUAUAUAUACAGCGAUACAUAUCCCAUGGGUCACAAACUUACAUCGUCAUAUCUGUGCUGAUUUUACCCGUCGCAACACUGGGGGAAAGAUCGUGUCCUUAAAGCGGGUUUCCGGCGUGGGUGUUUCGGGACCUCAGCACAUGAGCUGCAUGAGAGAAAAGUGGAUCAGACUCCAGCCUCCAGUCUGCGGUGGAUACGCGUAGCUGAGACGGAUCUGUCAGUUUGUGCGGCCACAUCUGUGACUGGACCCGCUGAUAUAUGUGGCGGUGCCGUCAAUCCGGAUCCCCCGGACGCUGAAUCGAAGUCUCUUGUCUGGGCCGCUCUCUCAUCUCGUCUGCUCUUCUAACUUCUCCUUCUCGUCGGCCGCCUGCUCAUUCUGCUGCCUGAGUUUUAAAUGCAGCCUUCAGGAGUCUUCAGGAGUCUUAAAUGCCCCAGAUGCAUUAACCGCUUGCACUUUCAAGGAGAGUCUGAAGCCUUCAGUUCCUGCUCACAUGGUGACUUUCAGCCUUCCAGCUGAUUGCUGACCGUCCUGCAGUAAAUAGAUGCACCCCAAGACUGAUUAGCUUUUUCAGUUCUGAAGCAGGAAAAGUUAGACAGCCCGCUGCCGUGUGCUUCAUAAUUAAAAUAAUGGCGUCUGAAGGCUUUCAGUACCGUGCGCUUUUUGAGUAUAAGAAGGAGAGGGAAGAUGACAUCUCCCUGCAGCCUGGCGACACCCUCAUUGUGAACAAGGUGUCUGUGCUGACAGCCGACUACCAGGACGGGGACGAGAAGGUCCCCAAGGGGUGGCUGCAGGGCACCAAUGAACGAACCAAAGAGAAAGGGGAUUUCCCAGGCACUUUCGUGGAGUACGUCGGCCUGGUGAGGAUGGCCCCCCCCGUCACAAAACCGUGGCUCAGACCCGUACCGCCGACCCCCGGGGCAGUGGCCGGGGCAGAGCAGAAUCAGUGUCUCGUAGCUGCCUGCAGUCGAGGUCUGAGGAGGUCACUCCACCCUGAUGCUACAUCAGCUCCUCUUUAUCGCACUGGCCUCUGUCGGCUCCAGGAUUGGUCGCAGAUGCCAGAAUCUUCCAUCGCUCUUCAUUCCCAAGGCUUCGCUGUGCCCCCUCUUUCCGUCUCGAAAUAG